CGUGUGAACAAAUACAAGGGCUCUUGGUUUAAUCUUCUAGCUUUGUUCCAAUAAGUACAACCUAUUGUUGGCAGAAUGGCGGAACUAUCAUUUACAAAAGCCUUCCUGGCACAUCUCGACUCGAAACCCAUCAAGUUCCCCGCAGACCACGCCUUUGACCCACGGGAGUUCCAACCACGCCAGCCUUUUACCCUUCCUCGCCUCUCCGAUCCUCCGCAUCCGCCGCUCCCCAAAAAGAUUAAGCCAGCCGCCAUACCUGGCUCUUCCAAGUCCAUAACGAUCCACCUCAAAUCCGCUCGCAACCCCGUUCUCGAUAUUACUCUCGACAACAUCCCCCUAUCUAACGCAACAAUUCAAGACCUCAAAGAAGCCGUUCAAAACCGAACUAAACCCACAAACGCAGAAAACGAUAGCGAGAAUGUUCCCCUGGAUAAGAUCAAGAUUUUAUGGAAACGUAGACCGGUGCAGGGUAAAUUAGUUACAGAUGCUCUAGCGAAUGAUCCGGACGCUCUUGUCGGCGGGAAAGAAGUGGAGUUCGGCGUUAUGAUCUUGGGGGGUGCAGCGAUGAUACCUCCGAAAGAAUCGUCUGCUCCGACGACAGAGGGCAAAGCGGAAGAGCCGGUAGCACAAGAGGCCGUGCGGGUGCCAGAAGCCGCGCAGCCUCUGCCUGGAGAUAGUGCAGGUAUACUGAAAUCAGUGUCCUUCUGGGAUGACCUAGAGGGUUUUUUGAAGAUGAGACUUAAAGAUGAGAACGAGGCAGCUCGAUUAAGAUCAUUGUUCACGAAGACAUGGGAAUCGAGCGUAUGAGGUUCCAUAUAUCAGAUUGAAACAAUGGCGAUAGGAAUGUUUCUUGUCUUGCUCAUGAGAUACUACUUUUAUUCGCUGGUAUAGUUAAAGCGGAAUGAUUUUAUGUCGCCCAGGGGCCCUGCUUCUGUUGAAGCUCUUAAGGUCGCUUCAUAUUAUUGAAGGCUGGCUCCAAUCAUAUGCUAGAUUCCAUAAUAUCUUUCAUAUCCAUGUAACAAGAAACUUGGGGAAUGAAAUCUGAACGAGAUAAGGGCAUGUCACAGGCAGUUCAUUAAAAUGCAAUAAUACCAUGAAGACAAGCCGGCAGUAAAGAAUUUAUGUUAUACAGAAGUUGAAGAAGAAUAUUGGGGGGUUUGGGCCAAGGCAUGAGGUGCUUAGGAGAAUAACAUAUUGGUAUUUUGACAUUAAGGGUAACAUUCAUGGACAUUGUAAAAGGGAAUAUGGGGAAUAUGGGAUACAGUAUCAGUAAAAAGCACACCCCAUUGCAUGGUAGAGCAGGAGAUUGUUGAUUUUUCAGGGUAUCGUGAAAGGCAAGAGACCAAGCCCAGGCAUGCAUAGAGAAGAACUGUAAACCAAGGCGAAGAACCUCUGCAAUGAAAGAUUUCUUGGGAAUAUGUGCUUCUAAAAUCCCAAGCAUUUAGUAGAUUGGUAAGGACUUUCCAAAUAGUCCAGGGUGAAAAGGAGGGCGAGAAACUUGUAGCGUCACGUGAAGUUCCCAGCUGUAAAAGGUAAUCAUGGGGGAAACACACAUAAACAACUUCUGCAUAUGAACCGGGAGCCCUCUGCAUCAUACGUGAUUCUAAGGGUGAAAUGGCUUCACAGAGGUAGAAAGGUUCACUCAUGUAUGUGCUCAGGCCCUUGCAAAGACUUUAACCACUCCAUCCCCACCUCCGCUGAUAACCCACCUUCCGUCGCGACUCCAAACAACAGAGCAGACUCCUUCACCUCGCAUGAGUCUGUGGCUUGUGAUUUCCUGGGUG